AUGCAAAUCUCCGACUUGGAUCAGUACGUGCUAUCGGCCGCCGCCGCUCGCCGCCGUGCCAUCCGAGAACACGUUAACGAGAGGAGCGAUGCCCGGUGGUUGAAGGAGCCGUUGUGGAGGCUUAUGUUUCGAUUGCUUCUCACGAUCAUGGGGAUCGUCGUCUUGGUCAUGAGCGUCAUGAUCGCGGGAUACGCAGCGUCUUCGCACGUGGUGUGGUGGUGGACCGGCCACGCGCCGAUUUCCGUGGAAUUUCCGAAGAACUCGACGGUCGCGUCGCGUCUCCUGGCCCGUCUGGAGGGUCAAAUCGGUCACGCCGAGAUGAAAAUUGAUGAAAGCAUCUUUAUGCUCCGGCGAGAUCUGGAGAAGAGGAUGGCGGAGGACUGGGACGAGGUGGAUCUGAAGCUGGCGGAUAUGGCGCGCGUUCUGGAUAGGCUCGCCCAGAAGCUUGAUGAUGGGUGCAGGAAAGUCUCGAUUGGGGUGGAUUUUGAUGGGGAUUAUGCGCAGGGUUCGACGGGCGGGCGGAUCUUGAGGCAUUCGGAGCCUGAUGAUGUGUUUUGGAGGCGGGCUUUGUGGUGGAUAUAUCCGCGGAUGGUUAGUGUCGAAGCGGAUAAGAUGAUCAGUCCCAGUUUCGGGUUGCCAGGCCAUUGUUUUGCUCUCAAGGGCACCAGCGGCUUUGUCGACAUCAGCCUCAGUGCUCCGGUUGUCCCACUAGCUGUCACAUUGGACCAUCAAAUUAAGGGCACAACUGAUGAUGAUUGGCUAGAUGCUCCCAAGCAAUGUAGAAUUUAUGGAUGGAUGCAAGGCAAAGACCCGGUUGGCAAGUUUGUGCUGACCGUGUUUACGUAUCAUGUAGAGAAGGGCCACACGUUUUUCGUGGUGUCCUCUAUGCAUGAUGUUGUGAUCGACACAAUUAGAAUCGGGACCUUAGGAUAUGACCGUCCAGGGCAGCCAAAAUGCCAUGGUGGCGGCGGGUAUGGCUUGAGAGGACGUUGGCUGAAUUCUAGUCGAGGUUGCAGUGGGUCUCGAAAAACUUGGCCAUACGCAACCUUACAACCUCCCCCACAGCUUAGUGGGGCACGUCCAAAGGGGCUUCUGGCCUUCGACGGCAAGCAUGCCCAGUCGUCCUCUAUGCUCGGUUAA